GCUGGUUCUGCUUCGUCGCCACAAAGAGGUGCACGUCGAUGAUAGGCCGUUCCUCUGGCAUCGGUUGGAGCAGUUGGGUGGCAGAAACCUUCAUAACAUCGAGCAGAAACACCAUCCGUCGCAUAUGUCCCAUUCAUUUUACCAAUCGCUUGCAACCUGAAGGUUGGAUUUGUGAUGCUACCUACGGCUGACGUGUUCGAGUGCCACCUCCCGCUGUCCGCUUCUGUCCGCGACGACUUGCUUGAGAUUGCAGGGGGGGCGUGGAAAGGGCUCGUCGAAAAUGCCAUCGCGUCCGAAGUCUACCCCAUCGACAAGAUCGUGCGCAACAGGACCACGGGCCGCUGUGCCACGCUACGCCGCCCGCGAGACAUCGUGGACGCCACGCAAGGCAUGGUAGCCCAUAGCCGGACGCGGGCGACGAUUGAACAAGCCGCCGACUUUUUUUACUUGGACACGCCAGCCAAGGCCCAGCAGUUUGCGCGGGUCAUGGACGAGCUGGUGGAGGCAAAACGGGCGCUGUACCCCCUGGUGGACCGACCAGUAGUUGUCACCGACGGACACAAAAACUGCGACAACAUCGUCGUCCCUGCAACCGCCAGCGCGCUAGAUUACAUGUCAGUGGACUGGAUGAUGAUCAAGUUCAAGAAAGGCGUGCCAGCACGCGACUUAUGCUACCUCGAGAUCCACAAAGAAUUCAAGUUUGCGUGUCCGCUCACGGGCGUCACCCGACGGGGGUGGGUGCGCUGCAUCCACUCGGUGCGCAUGGACUGUUGCCCUGACAUGCAAAAGAAGUUUGGCGUCAUUCGCAUGGAGAUUCACCGGUCGGGGCACGUGUUUAUGGAAUCCAACGAAGCGGGGGUCCUCGACUACUACAAAUUGUACUUUGGCAGCCCGCGGGGCGCCGUCCUCGGCAAGCAUUUCAACGGGUUGUACCUCAAGGGUGCGAUGCGGACGUCAGCUCGCUCGAUUCUAAAUCUAGAUGAACACUUCACCACGGAACGGUUGAAACCAUUGCUAUCGGCUCCGCUGGACAUGAGUCUCGCCCAUGCCGCGACUUGCGGCACUUGCCGGCUAGCCUUCUCGUGGCGGCACCCCAAAAAGCUAUGCCGCGCCUGUGGGGACCCCAUCUGCCCCAAAUGUAGCUCGCAGUGGUCACUCACCCUUCACGGGUCCGCCAUUAAGGUUCCCCUGUGCAAGCGAUGCGUGGGGCCUGGCUUAAACGUGGACGACGCUGACGAGAUGUACCUGAUCGAGUCCAAGGACCGCAAGCAACGGUACUCCACGGCCAGCGACGUGGUCAGCACCAUCCGCGAAACCUACCUUUCGAUCGAUAGGAGCGAGUCGUCGUCGAGCUCGUUUGCGAACGACAUAAUGCACGGCAUUGACCAGCAAAAGGAGUUGCUGCACAAGCUGCAAGACCGAUUGGCGGCGAUUCGACCUGCAUAUUAACCCCCCCUCCUCCCCCGACUGUCAUGUGCUCGUGUAGUCUUGUGUGCUACGUCCUGUAGUAGAUGUAAAGAGUUAUACCCUACUAGAGCAAUAGUGUCGCAGUACAACUCCUUAAAUAAGGUCACAAAGUUUUGGGGUCAUGACGCACUAACCAAUUUGACUUUUCUGGAAGAUAAGGUGUCAAUCAAAGCUGGAAUGUGUAUCUAUCAAAU